AUGGUGCAACUCCCUCCUGGUCCCCCUGAGUGGCAAGGACCCCCUCCAAAGAAUGGGCACCUAUCUGAUAUUGACCCCGAGUUCGCCAAAUACAAGGACCAGCUCGACAAAGACCUCACAGCACUAUGGGAACUUCCCAUUGACGAGUUCAAGGCUGCUUGGCUGAGUGCGCCGGUGUCUCUGCCGGACAAUGCUCCCCAGCCUGGGCAAGACUACAUCGUGCUCGAUCAAGUGGCUCCUGUGCGGGACGGGACUGAGAUCGGCAUCAGGGUAUAUAGGCCUGUGAAGAGUGAGCCUGGAAUGACCUUGAUCCUGAAAUCACACGGCGGAGGAUGGGUCGUGGGCAGUCACGAGGUGGAAGAGGUCGAGAACCGAUUUUUGGCUGCCAAAGCCGGCGCGGUCGUCGUCAGCGUCGAUUAUCGUAUGGCUCCGGAAUUCAGAUAUCCUUAUGCUGUCAACGAUUGCUUUGACGUCCUCCAAUGGUGCAAACGCAACGCAACCGACUUGAGCAUCAACCCAGAGCGUAUCAUCGUCGCAGGAGGCAGCGCAGGGGGUAACAUCGCUGCCGUCCUGGCCCAGAAGGCGAGAGACGAGAACGUGUCAGGCGUGAUCGGCCAGAUCCUGAACAUACCCGUGACUUGUCAUCCGGACUUCUUCCCAUCCGAUCGGUAUCCUGGAGGCAGCUACCAGCAAAACAAAGAUGCCAGCAUCGUCAACGCCCCACAGAUGUUCUGGUACUGGAACCAAUAUAUGCCUGAGCCGUCUCCCGAGGCGUACGCCAGUCCCUUGCUGGCCAAGGAUCUCAGUGGGCUUCCACCAGCGUUGGUGCAAGUUGCGGGACUAGAUCCUCUUCGCGACGAGGCCCUGGCAUAUGCUGAAGCUCUGGAGGAGGCUCAAGUCCCCGUUACUCUUCGCGUGUACAAAGGACUGCCCCAUGCGUUCUACCUAUUACCUCAGCUCAAGCAGAGUUUUGAGUUCUGGAUGAACUCUGUUGACUUUGUCGUCAGCCUGGGUGCGCAGUAA